CCUAUGACUGGUGAUAACCUCCUGUGCCGUGAUGCCUAUACAAAGGAUCCGUCAUACUGGUCCAUCGAGCAGUACGCCCGUGAUCGCGAUGGAUGAAACAACGUUUAGCUCGAGCAGCAUGUACUCCAGUGGCGAGGAAGAGAUUUUGGCCAGCGAAGGAUUGCGGCUCAGUCGUUCAACCCGGUGGCGGGAACGAAGUCGUCACGUGAGCUACGAACCGGCGGUGUUAUUGUUUUGCUUUGCGCUGAGCUUAUCGGAAAUUGAGUUGACCCAUCAAAUCAUCUACCAGACCUGCCAGGUGCAGGGAUUUGAACUGCACGAUUGCCUUCUGGUUGGAACAGGUGUCAGCACUCCUGGCGUCGCAGAAAUCGAAGCGCAGGUUAAACCAGCGGCUGCAACCGUUACGACAACGAUAGUGGUUAUCAAAGCGGUGAUACCCGCCUUCAGUGCGAUAGUGUUUGGCGCGUGGUCCGACCGAUACGGAAGAAAGCCGGUCGUUGUGAUAGCGUCAUUCGGUUUGCUUUUUUCGUACGUCGGCCUCGCCGGGCUGCACUAUUUGUCCUCGUUCAUGCAGCUGAAUUCUUGGUAUUAUGUGGCGGCCUAUAUUCCAUUUUCCGUGGUAGGUGGAAUGGCGACUCUGGGAGCAGCCCUGUUUGCUUUCAUUGCCGACGUGACAAACGAUCAAAACCGUACAGUCAGGAUGGGUUGGAUGAAUGCUUUCAUGUUGGCCGGAACACUUGCUGGUUUUUGUUCUAGUAAAUAUAUUUUGGACUGGACUAGUACGACAACUUUUUUUGUGAUUGCAACCAUUUGUGUGCUGCUUGGGCUACUGUACACUGCGCUACUGGUUGAGGAUAGUAUCAUUCCGAGUUCCGACGGAGAACUUGGGCCAAGUCUAGGGGAGUUUUUCUCUAUCAGUCUAGUACGAGACAUUGCAAAAGCCGCGAGUCGAAAGAGAACACGCUUCGUGUGGUGGAUUCUGUGGUUGAUCAUCUUUUGUAACGCGCUGAUUGAGCUUGCUGCCGGUGGCAGCUUAGUGGAGUUUUCGUUCAUCCAUCAUAAGUUUGACUGGAGUUUGAUGCAAUACAACCACUUUGUGCUUAUCGAGAGAGGACUUGCUGUGCUGGCAAAUGUUGUAGGAAUAUUGGUGUUGAAAAGGCUUUUCGAGUGGACCGACACCGUUGUCGCGCUAGUAUCGAUCAUAAGCUAUAUCGCUGGCUCUACAACAAAAGGAUUUGCCGCCGAAGGAUGGCAAUUCUAUCUUGCCUGUGGGCUGUCAUCGCUCAAGGGAAUGGAAUGGAUCGCUCUGCUUUCCGUGUCCACUUACUUUCUGCCAUCGAAUGAAAUAGCCAAGUUCUACGCGCUGGCAUUCUCCUUGAUUGGACUGAUUCCACUGGCCUCCCCGUACUUGUUUGGGUACGUCUAUGAAGCAACCGAAAGUAGUGGACCAGAGAUGUACAAUUUUGUGGCGGCUGGUAUAUACAGUUUAGGUUUUUUGAUUCUAGGGUUGAUACAAUGGCUUGUUAACAGACGCAACCAACCGGAGCUGUUGCUGUAAAAAAUCACAUGGAAUUAAUAAUGCUGGUAAUAUUUAAGUGAUUACCGAACUGAAAUAAGAGCUGUUUAUUCUGACAAGAUUAAAAAUCAAAUUGACGCUACUACAAAAACAUUUUAUUUCAUCAUUUUCCUGGACACUGCGAAGCGCAUGUUUUUAGUCCUAUUUCUCAAACCAGCUGAUUGUAGAAUUUUUUUAGCGUGGUUUAUCGUGAUUCUUAUAUGAACUGCCGGAGAGGACGCUAGCAAUUUGUCUCUCAGGAAAAAAACUAAAACCUUCAACAAUUUUCUGAGCUUUGAAUUUUUUAGAUCGAUUUGAUUGACUUUUUGAGAAUAAAUUUAUAUCUGA